AUGAAAACAAAUAUACAUAAGUUAACUUUCUUCCGGGUGCUCAAAUGUAUACUUAUACUUUCUAUAAUAUCCAAGACGUUGAGAGGAUACGCUGGUCCAGAGAUGCUUACUAGUGAAGUAAUUCCCAAAAAGAAUGAGAUCCCUAUCAUAGUCUACAUUCCCCCAGAGGUGGAAGACAUGUACAGAGAGCAUGGAAUAGAUAUAGUUUCCAAAGUCUUAUUUGUUUUUAAAAUGGUUGAAAAUGGAAUAAAUAAAACCCUAAAAGAAAUAAACAGUGAAAAAUACUACUACUUGGUACCAGAAAUAAAAAUCCCUGACGUGGAUCCGCGCAAUAAAGCAUGCCCUAUAACAGUCAGUCAGCUGUCACUUUUUCUUUCUGAGGUAUAUAAUAGUGAAGGCGGCACUUUAUCUUUUAUAUACAUUACACUGUGCCAGCUUCCCCUUAUUAGAAAGCAGACGUUCACACACCGACAGAAACACUUUUAUAUCACACAGUCUAUUAAUGGAACACACAACACAAUGACUAUUAUUUUCUCAGAGGUGGAUACGUCUGCACUAAUUAAGUCACUUGCUAGAGCCAUUCUUAAGGCGUGCGAUCUACACAACAUAGAGCCACUUUCUGUGCGAUCUCCUAUAGACAUUGCACAUGGUAUUCCAUUCGGUGUGGAUAUUUUAAAGGAAACUGUACAAGAACUUCUUCUUAAAGAGUUUGUGCUGUAA